UAGCUCCAAUUUCAAACCAGACGUGAAACUCAUUAAGAUGCCUCCCUCUUUCUCCGCUGCUCUGUCUCUCUCCGGAGCUGGUUUUAGCCGCAUGUCACUCAGUCUCUCAGUCAGUGGCCCCGGUCCGCUGAGUCUGCGCCUGUCUCCACAGCUCUCCAAAAAAGCGAAACACACCACCGCCGCUGCCACUGCGGGCAUGACAUCCAAGCAGUAGUGGUAGUGGACUUCUGUCGGUCGGCUUUUCACGGGAUUAAAAAAAAAAAAAGAAAAAAAAAAAAGGAGUCGAAGAGACUUGAAAGAAACAGAGAGGGAAGAGACUCAUUUCUGGCCGUGCAGUGCGUCGAGAGGAGUUGAUGAGUCAAUGGCUGGAGCACAGCCUGGAGUUCAUGCGUUGCAGCUCAAGCCAGUGUCCGUGCCGGAGUGCCUCAGAAAGGGCAGCAAAUUUAUGAAAUGGGAUGAUGAUUCGACCACUGUGACCCCUGUGACUCUAACAGUUGACCCCAAAGGGUACUUCCUCUAUUGGACCGACCAAAACAAAGAUACAGACCUGCUGGAUAUUGCGUAUAUAAAAGAUGCCCGAAAUGGAAAGUGUACUAAAACACCAAAGGAUGCAAAGCUGCGCGAGUUGCUGGAUGUCAGCACACUGGCGGGGAAGAUGGAGAACAGGAUGCUGACAGUGGUUAGUGGCACUGACAUGGUCAACAUCACCUACCUGAACUUCAUGGCGUUUCAAGAGGAAACGGCAAAGGAAUGGGCUGAGGAAUUAUUCAACUUGGCGUCUAACCUUUUGGCACAGAACAUGUCCAGAGAGGCCUGCCUUGAAAAAGCAUACACUCGACUGAAGCUGCAGCUCAACCCCGAGGGACGAAUUCCUGUCAAGAAUAUCUUCAGGAUGUUCUCAGCAGACAGGAAGCGAGUGGAGACAGCGCUGGAAAAUUGCAACCUCCCUUCUGGCAGAAAUGACUCCAUCCCCCAGGAGGAUUUUACUCCAGAGGUCUACAGGAUGUUUCUGAGUAACAUCUGCUCUCGACCAGAGCUGGACAACAUCUUCUCUGAAGUUGGAGCUAAGAGCCGUCCGUACCUCACGGUGGAGCAGAUGACGGAGUUCAUCAACAGCAAGCAACGAGACCCUCGCCUGAACGAGAUCCUCUACCCUCCGUUGAAACCAGAACAAGUUCAGCUGCUGGUGGACAAAUAUGAACCCAAUAUUUUACUUGCACAGAAAGGUCAGAUCUCGAUGGAGGGCUUUACACGAUAUCUGAACGGAGAAGAAAACAGCAUCAUUCCCCCGGAGAAGCUGGACCAGAGUGAAGACAUGACCUUUCCACUCUCUCACUACUUCAUCAACUCCUCACACAACACAUACCUCACAGCGGGCCAGCUAGCAGGAAACUCCUCAGUUGAGAUGUACAAACAGGUCCUCCUGUCUGGGUGCCGCUGCAUUGAACUGGACUGCUGGAAAGGACGCACCACAGAAGAAGAACCUGUUAUCACUCAUGGUUUUACAAUGACAACUGAAAUCUCCUUUAAGGAAGUGAUCGAGGCUAUUGCAGAGUGUGCCUUCAAGACUUCACCAUUCCCUGUCAUCCUGUCCUUCGAAAACCAUGUGGACUCACCAAAGCAGCAGGCGAAGAUGGCAGAGUACUGCCGGUCAAUAUUUGGAGACGCAUUACUGAUGGAACCACUGGAGAAAUAUCCUCUUGAGGCUGGAGUUCCACUUCCCAGCCCCAUGGAGCUGAUGGGGAAGAUCCUGGUGAAAAACAAGAAGAAACAUCAUAAAACUGACGGCAGCACCAAGAAGAAGCUCUCUGAGCAGGUUUCCAACACCUAUAGUGAUUCUUCCAGCGUAUGUGAGCCAUCCUCCCCUAGUGCAGGUUCAACUAAAGAUGAGAUGGCUGAUUCCUCACAACCGUCUGAUGGUGCUGAGCUCAACCUGAGACCACAUGGCAGAAAGUCUAUUGGUGAGGUGGAGGCUGAAAGCGAUGAUGAUGAUGACGAUGAUGAUGACUGUAAAAAGGGCUCAAUGGAUGAGGGCACAGCAGGCAGUGAGGCAUUCGCUACAGAGGAAAUGUCAAACCUGGUGCUCUACAUCCAGCCGGUCAAGUUUUACUGCUUCGAGACAUCUAAAAAGGUCAACCGGAGCUUCCAGAUGUCCUCCUUUGUAGAGACCAAAGCUUUGGAGCUUCUGACUAAAUCACCAGUAGAGUUUGUAGAAUACAAUAAGCUGCAGCUAAGCAGGAUCUACCCUAAAGGUACUCGGGUAGAUUCUUCCAACUACAACCCUCAGCUCUUCUGGAACGCAGGCUGUCAGCUGGUGGCUCUAAACUUCCAAACAAUCGACUUAUCGAUGCAGUUGAACCUGGGCAUGUAUGAGUACAAUGGGAAAUGCGGCUACAGGCUGAAACCAGAGUUCAUGAGACGACCGGAUAAACACUUCGAUCCUUUUACUGAAAGCACAGUAGACGGGAUAGUCGCCAACACGCUGUCUGUGAAGAUCAUCUCAGGUCAGUUUCUGACCGAUAAGAAAGUGGGCACAUAUGUGGAGAUCGACAUGUUUGGCCUACCAGUCGACACCAAGAGGAAAGCUUUCAAGACCAAGACAUCUCAGGGCAAUGCCAUCAACCCCGUCUGGGAGGAGGAGGCCAUUGUUUUCAAGAAGGUUGUCCUGCCCACUCUGGCUUCACUGAGGAUAGCUGUGUUUGAAGAAGGAGGAAAGUUUAUUGGCCACCGCAUCAUGCCUGUUUCAGCUAUCCGUCCAGGUUAUCGAUAUAUCAGUCUAAGGAAUGAGAAGAACCACUCGCUGAUGUUACCGGCCCUCUUUGUUUACGUUGAAGUGAAAGACUACGUCCCAGACACAUUUGCAGAUGUCAUUGAAGCCUUAUCCAAUCCUAUCCGCUAUGUUAACCUCAUGGAGCAGAGAGCCAAUCAGUUGGCAGCUCUCACUUUAGAGGAAGGAGGGGAAGACGAGGGAGACAAAGAGGUGGAAGCAGGAAGUGAUGCUCUCCCAGAGUCUAAAGGGGACCAGAGGGUAGCGGUACCUGCUGAGAAUGGACUGAGUCACACUCCAAUCAUCGCCCCCAAACCUCCAUCACUGGUCGGCCAUCAGCCUCAGUCUGCAGGAACAGGUUCACUGAAACCAUCGGUGAAGACGGAAGACAUCAUUCAGAGUGUCCUCACUGAGCUGGAGGCUCAGACGGUGGAGGAGCUGAAGCAGCAGAAGGGAUUUGUCCGAGAGCAGCGGAAACAGUACAAGGAGAUGAAGGAGCUAGUUAGAAAACACCACCGUAAGACAAGCGAGCUGAUCAAGGAGCAUACAGCUCGCGUUUCUGAGCUGCAGAGCCAGCAUCAGAGGCGCCGCUCCACGCUGCAGAAGAGCCACAAACGUGACGGUAAGAAAAGUCGGUCCGAAAACUCCCUGUCAACUCUGGACCAGGAACUUUGUGAGCUGGAACAGGAGUGCAGCCAGAAACUGGCAGAGCUGAAGGAGCAGCAACAGCAGCAGCUGCUCACACUCCGCCAAGAGCAAUACUACAGUGAGAAAUACCUGAAAAGAGAACACAUAAAACAGCUGGUUGAGAAGCUGACAGCUAUAGCAGAGGAAUGUCAGAGUGCUCAGCUGAAAAAGCUCAGAGACGUCUGUGAAAAAGAGAAGAAGGAUCUGAAAAAGAAAAUGGACAAGAAAAGACAAGAGAAGAUCAACGAAGCGAAAUCUAAAGACAAGAAUUUAACAGAAGAAGAGAAGUUAGAGAUGAACAGAUCUUUUGUCAACGAGGUGGUGCAGUAUAUUAAACGGCUGGAAGAUGCUCAGAGUAAAAGACAAGAAAGGCUACAAGAGAAGCACAAGGACGUCCGGCAGCAGAUCUUGGAUGAAAAGCCAAAGCUGCAGAGUGAUCUGGACCAGGAAUACCAGGACAAGUUUCGCAGACUACCUGUGGAAAUCCAGGAGUUUGUUCAGGACAGCAGUAAGACCAAACUUUGUGAUGAUAGCCUCCCUGCAAACCUUGUUGCCUCCUUAACAGCAGAGAGGCUCAACCACAAGGCAUCGCAGUCUGAGGACGACAUAGAGGAAGGCUCGUCGGAGCAAGUUUUUGACACCGCCCUUUAAGGAUCUAACUUUUUGCUUCAUAGAUGGACAUUGUUGAGGUUGUGACCACAUAUUUAGGAUGAGACUGCGUCGAAUUUGGUCCAACUUGUAACCAAUUGGAGGAUUAGAUCAAAUCUGAGCCUGAAUGGGUGAGUAGAGGUCCCCUCAGCUUGGAGUGAAGUCCUGUCCAGAAAACUGUUUCCUGUAAAUAGGUCUUUUUGUGUAUUUGUAUGUUAAUCUGUAUGUUGUCCUCUCUUUCGGCACGGCCACAGGAUGUGUUACUGAACACAAAUUAUGUGAAGGAAAUAACUUACUUGAACUAUUGCACAGACAGAGGAGUUUUCUUUUUAUCAUAUUGGUUAUCAUAAUGCUGUGACAGUCAGAGGGGUUUGAUGUGCCAAGAUCUGAUUCGUCUUGAACGAGAAUUUCAGUUCAGUCGACUUGCACUGUCAAAAAAAACCUUUACAUACCCAGCCUUUGAGGUUUCCAUCUUUAGACGAAUAUGUUACACCGCCUUAUUUGCACUAAAGCUUCACUGUAUAAAACACUGUAUAACUCUAAUUUAACCUAGAGGCACUGGCGGCUUUCUGGUUUGCUGUUUUGUUCUCACAGAACUAAGCCUAGGUGUUGCUGCUAUUAUAUAUAUAUAUUUUUUUACUUUUAUUUGUCUAAUGUGAAAUUCGGCUUAAUAUAAUCAUUAGUCAUUUCUCAGUCUAAUUUUGUUUUUGGCCAGUUUUUAAUACAUUUUACAUUGUUUACUGCCAACUCUGUCACACCAGGAAGAGAAGGGAAGGCUUUGUUGUACAGUGUGUGCAUGCAACUGAACAACUGUAAAUGUUGAAUUAGCUGUGAUAACAGGUGUUUUUUUCUUUCUGGUACAUUUUGAUUGAACCUGCAAAAUAGCUGACCUGAUGUGGCUUUAUUAACACUGUGGAAACGGGACUUUAAGAUGCAAUGCUUGGAGCAUCAAGUAAACAGAUUGAUUGUUACUGUAUUUACAUUUUCCUGUUCAGCUAAAAUGUCAGACCAAGGACAGUUUCCCACAAUAAGAUCUUGCUUUUAGUCAAAGUAAGUGGUUUUCCGACUUUUGUACUUGGUUUUAUGCUUAAAUCUCAAAGUUUACAACAGAUGCUCGUACUACAGAAAGAACCAACCCC